AGGUAGAGUACAUGAAUCCUGCAGCCACAAAGCUAGGUAUCAGUGCAGCAUUAUACAGUCAUUAUGCUUGCACGUGCUGGGCUAUUGUCACUUGUGACAUUCCUUCUAUUUCACGUCUGGUCUGCUGAUGCAUUCAUGCCAAAUCACGUAUUUUCAUUUCGACCUCCAAUUGCUGUCACUGAAGAACCUGGCUUUAUAGAUCCUUCAGAUCUUUUUGACGAGGUUGAUUCAGCACAGUGUGGAUCUCCUCUUAGGGAUGGAUCAUGGAGUCACCAGGAUAUUGUUCGACGGGCCUGCCUCAAUGUUGUAGCAAAGUUUUAUGAAGAAACAAUGCCUAUACUAACUACAGGAAGCGUACAAUCACUCCCUCGUCUCACCCCUACAACACUGAUGAGAUCUGUGUUUGGACCUCAAGCAUCUAGUGCCAAGCUUGAGCAAGCAAUUAAAGAUUUGGAAAGAGCAGCAGCUAGAAUGGAUCUGUUCUAUGAAGUGAACGCCACGCUGGAUCAGGCUGCCAACAUAGCAAGAGUACACUUUGACGAUGAAGAGUUUGAAUUGGGUCAUAAACAUCUACUGCAACUUCGACGUCAAAUGUUCAGUGCUCUCCAACAAGGAUCAGAGUCUGCCGCAAGAGACUUGGCUGGUCGAUUUAUGUUGACUCUCCAAGACUUUUAUGCUCACUCAAAUUAUGUAGAACUAGGACAUGAUGACCCUUUAGUAGAGCUAGGAAUGCCUGGAUCUGCAAACUUUUUGGAAACAGUAGCAGGAAAGAGUGAAGUAACUUGUGACGAUUGUGCAACUGCUACUGAUACGUUAGAGUGUUCUGAUUCCUGCAAACAAAACACUGCAAGGUACAACCGUUUGACUAGUGGGUAUCUGUUCUAUCCAACAGAGAGAGUGGGACCCGGCUACAGAGAAAAACCCAGUGGCAAAUGCAGUCAUGGUGACCCAGUUGAUCAGUCAAGAACACGUUCAGCAACUGGAGGCAUCAACAAGAGUACAAAAAACUGUAUCAAAUCUCCUCAUUCUCAUCUUCAUGAAAAGGCAGCCCAGCUUGCAAUAAAGGCAACAGAAAAUUUUCUUUUGUCUAUCCGUGUUAUUGUUGGUGAUGACAAAUUUCUCCAAUUUUUCUCUCUUGGCACAACUGUGCAAGGGUCUUCUCUGUGUUUUGUUGUUGACCAGUCUGGGAGCAUGGGAGAUGACAUUGUUGCUGUACGUAAUCGAGCAAAGCAGAUUGUUCAGAGCAGCAGCAAACCAUACAACUACAUUCUUGUCCAAUUCAAUGAUUAUGAUCAGACUCCAGCAUUUGGACCUCCCAUUGUCACUCAAGAAUCAGAUGAUUUUUUGCGUCAUUUGGACAAUCUACGUGCUAAUGGUGGUGGUGACUGUCCUGAGCUGGCAAUGAGUGGAUUACAACUGGCUCUAAUCAACUGUCUUCCAGGCUCUCCAAUCUAUGUGUUUACAGAUGCUGGGGCUAAAGAUCCUGACCUAAGGGCUACCAUAUUCAGUCUGAUCGAUACUCGCAAGAGUCAGGUGAACUUUUUCUAUACUGGUCCUUCCCGUCUAUGUGGUGAUGCGCCAGAUCUUUUCUCUGCUAUUGCAUCUCGCUCUGGUGGACAAUUCUUAAGUAUUACAAAGGAUGCUGUUGCUGAAGCAACUACCAUAACACAAUCAUCAACUGAUGAGUCUCAGGUAGUACUCUUGACAGCAUCAAGUAAUACGAACAGCAAGACCUACAACAUUUUGGUCGAUUGCACAGUGACAGGGCUAGUCAUUUCUCUCAGUGGAGCUAAUCCUCAAGCAGAAGUGACAGGUCCAAAUGGUGUUGUUACUGGUAAGAGAGUUUCCUUGCCAAAUGUUCUAGUCAUUGCUGUCACAUCUCCAGCGGCAGGAAAUUGGACGAUUAAGACAUCAUUUAGUAGUGGUGAUCACUCUGUUAAUGUCAAGGCAUCUAGCAGUAUUGAUUUCUCACACGAAUUUGUGACCAUUGAUGGACGUCCAGGGCAUUGUGGUGCUUUUCCACUCAGUGGUCUUCCUAUAGCAGAUACUUUGAGUAAGGUAAUAUAUUCUGUUCAUGGGUUGGAAGACCUUGUCUCUGUGGAUGGUGUUGAUUUAGUUGACACUGAAGGGGACGUAAUUGACAGCAUUGACCUUGAGAAAGGUCCAGUUCACUCCACACAUUUAUAUGGUGCUGCCUUCAUUCCACCCAGCCAAGAUUUUCGUUUUCGUUUACAUGGUUAUGAUAAAUGUGGCAAUCAAUUUAGUAGAUUCUCGACAACAACAGUGAAAGCUCAGACAGUUGCAUUCAGUCCUAAGGGUAACAUUGAAAGUGUAGUCAGUCCUGGUAAAUUCACUAAUGCAACCUUUGAGCUGUACAACAGCGGAGAGACAAGCGACUUUGAUAUAGAAGUUCGUGAUGAUCUUGGUACUUUAGAAAGUCUUGAUGUAGAAAUUUUAGAUGUUGGUUUUGAUGAUUUGCUUGGAGGCAGACGUCGUCGUGGCAGUUCUCGAUUGGCAAAAACAGUUACAUUGAAACGAAACCAGGCAGCUAAAGUGACUGUGACAUUUGGACCUCCAAAAGAAGCAAAAAUUGGCAGUGUGAACACAGCUACUGUUACUGCUUCAUCUCAAGACGGAAAAACAUUCAACUAUGCUGUCUUGCAAAUUGCUGUUGUUCCAGAAGUGGAUGAUGAAACACCACCAACAUGCAGCAUACUGUCGAACACAGCUUGUGAUGAUGUACAAGUUCGCUACUGCAAUGAGAGUACAUGGGAGGUGACAGCAAGAAUUCAGGACACUGGUGUUGGGCUGCAGAAUGUAAGAAGUCGUCAAAGAGAUGUACAGUUUUCUCAUGCAGCAUUUGAGAGUGCAACAACUUCUAGCGUGGAUAUAGUUGCAAUGUCAUCUUGCUGUCAGCUAUCAAUAGAUAUUGAGGUCUCUGAUGUAGUGGGUAAUCUUAAGACUUGUGGAGUUGCUAUACCACCGGGAAUAGAAGACAGUGACAUCUCUCUAGAGACUAUACUGUUGCCUGUCAAUCGCUCGGGAGUUGUUGUAGCUCGCAUUGCUGUCGUGAAUAGAACAACCUUGUUUUACUCAGUUAAUGCCACUGGUGUGCGUGCUACUGCAUUUCGUCUAUCAACUCCUGAAGGAAUCAUUUUUACUAUUGGUGGUUUAACUGCAGGAAAAACACUAUCUGGAUACCAUGAAAUAGAAGGACGCCAUGUGCCUAGCAUAUAUUCUCGCCAAGCUACAGUGUCAUUGGUGUCAAAUGAGUUUCCAGGAGAAGAGAUCACAAGUAAACUAGUUCGUAAUGGUCCUUCAAUUGUUCCCGAAUUCACUGCUCUAUUGAAGUGUCUCGUGUCAGAUGGAUUGUGCAAAUAUGGUGGCUACGCAAGUAUUAGUUUGAACAAUACGAACUCAUUGGCUACUAUAUCUUUGGUGUUGCAACAUCAACCUGCUACACAUCUUUACGCAGAACUGCUAGGACCAGAUGGAAGCAGAAAGCUUCUAGUUGACACUAAUUUUCCUAUCACACAGUCUUCUACUUCUAGUCCACUAUACAAGACAACUCCAGCAUUCUCUAGUAAUGAUGGAACAGAAAAUGAUGUUGUUACUCCAACAUAUGAAUCUCAUACAGCAUCAUUGUCUCCAUUUGAUUAUUUUGAGCCAACAGAAGAUGCUGAGGUAGAACCUACAUGGCCAUUUCCUACAUCAGAUAUUGGUAUAUUAGAAGCAACAGCGACAUCCUUUUUUGAUCCACUUGCUACAACAGAUGGUAUUACUGACUCAGCUGAUUCAUACGAUACUUCUCCUCUUGUGGCUAUUGAUAAAUUUGGGGUUACCACAAUCUCAAAACAAAUACAAAUCAUGUCUCUGUAUGCCCAAUAUCUUCGACUAGGCGAGCUGUCUAUUGUUGUUGCUGUUGAUGAUGUUACUCUUCAAGGAAAGUUCAAUGGGGUGUGUGGGGCAUGUGAAAGUGACGAUCGACCAGUAUGUGCAUCAAAUGGUCAAACGUUUACAACAGAAUGUGCACUGAAGACAGACGUAUGUGUGAAUAGUUCAGAUAUAUUCAUGCUUUACAAAGGACGUUGUCAAGGUAACUAUAUUGAACAGGGUCAAACUGAAUUCAUGACAUCAUCAAGUGAACAUUGCAAGGUUGUGUCUAUACCACACACUCGACUGUACCCUCAUAAGGACACCAAAGUUAUACUAUCAGUCAGUGAUCCAAAGGCAACUGUAGCACCUGCUGUGUGGACUAGAAGAGUCACUUACAAAGAAGUGGAGGUGUGUGUCAGACGACGAAGAUCAGAAAGCAAUGGUCGUCGAUUUCAUGUUGAGUGGCUGUUGUAUCAAGAUGCUCCAACAGGGACACGAGCAGGCAGCAUAACAAUGAGACCAUUUGGUGCAGGCACUGUUUGCCAGAGAGUGUCUACAUUGCAAUUCAACCUUAAGAGAAAACCAGUUGUUCUGGCUGCUGUAGAUGCAACGAAAGUCAUUGGAAGUUAUGAACCGGUUACUGUCUUUGUGGAGUCGGUGACCCUGUCAUCAUUCUUGCUUUGUGUUAAUGAACUUCGAUUGUACUCAGGCAUUCAUGCCAACAUAACUGUGAACUGGGUUCUAUUUCCAUUGAAGAGUAGACUUGAAGGGCUAAAGAGUGAGUCAAACUCUGUGGGACACUUCAGGUUUUUUUAUGGGAUCAAGUUUGCUGCUUGCAAGUGGCAGAGUUUUUCUCAACAAUAUGCCAAACCACCCAGAGUUAUUGUCACACCACGAUCUGUUUAUAGAUCAUAUAUGUGCCAACAUGUCCCUCUUCUAGCUUGGACAGACAAUGUGACUCAGUUUGGAUUCAGUAGCUGCGUCACCCAAAUUGGAUGGUCUUGUAAUCCAAGAAGUAGUGUUGAGGUCUCCUGGCUUGCAAUUGAAGAUCCUUGUGCCCAUGGUUGGGUUGGACUGAAUGGUUACUGUCACAAAGCCAGUGAUAAUUGUUUGUCACACCGUCAGGCAAAAGAACACUGCUUGCUCAUCAACCGAAAAGCAAGAGUAGCUGUAGCUCAUAGCUAUGCUCAUAAUUUUUUCCUUGGACAAUUUACUCAAAAUCCAUGGGUUAAUGUCAGUAACUCCAGUAUGUUCAAUAAUUGGGAGAAUGAUCAAGAGUAUCAGGAGACUCUCUGUCCAUUUAUAUCAAAUGACGGUAACUAUACAUGGAAGAACGAUAACUGCAGCAAAUGUCACAAUGUCAUAUGUCAGACUGAUAUUGACAAGUGUGCCCUGGGACUGCACAAUUGUCAUCCAAAUGCCACAUGCACCAACACAUUUGGUGGAUUCCAGUGUGCAUGUAAUGCUCCUGCUUUUAGAGGAAAUGGAACCCAUUGCAAAAUCGACAGAUGUAUUACUAACACACACAGAUGCCAUGAACAUGCAACCUGCAAUAGAACGAAUAGCUUGAGAGGAUACACUUGUACUUGUAAUCAUAAUUAUGUUGGAAAUGGGUUCUCCUGUGAUCUGGAUGAAUGUGCCGCCGGAAGUCACAACUGCCACAGCGAAGCAACUUGUAGCAACACUUACGGUGGACACAAAUGCAGAUGCAAUGUAGGAUAUACAGGAAAUGGAUUCUCAUGCACCAAAUGCCCUGUGAAAAAGAUGGAAAAUCAGCUCUAUUAUGGUACAACAACAAAGCGCACUUAUACGAGAUGUUUCGUUUUCCUUCGCUGUACUAAAUCCAAGCUUGUACAGGUUGCCCAAUACCGAACAAGAUACUAUAAUAGUUGGGCUGGUUGCAGGAGUUAUUGAACGAUUUUACCAGCACAUUUCAACAUGUCAACCGUACUGUUGGUGUCUUAAUUGAGUUGCUUGUGUGUUGAAAAACUAGAGUAUUCUUAGUGUUUGUCAUAGUUUCAUAGGCGUUGAUAUUGCACUGCAUUUCAAAAAUUGUCGUGGACUUUACUGGUGACAAAAAUCAGGUUGUUGCAAAGAACAGGA